CAUUUAAUCGACGCAGUUACUGCAUUGUACUGUUUUAACGCCACCGUUUCUUGAUAAGAUACUACUCACAGUUAUGAUAGCUUUCCUUAUUUUCGAUUUAAAUAAGGCGUUAAUAGUUCGAGACGCGAAAGCGAGAAAGAAUUUAAAACGUAAAUUAUUGGUACUUUUAAAUUUACUUAUAAAUAUAAAAACUAUUAAGUCGGAAGCAUUUUGUUUUCAGUUUUAAAGACUUAAAAAUUAACAAUUUAAAAAAAACAUGAAGUUUGUUUUUACAUUCUUGGCCUUACUGGCUUUUGUCACCGCUUACGAAGUGGAAUUGUUAAAUGAAGAUGAAUUCAAUCAACAGAUGACGAACGAAAAAAAAGACUCACCCAAUGAUUACGGUUGGAUUUUAAAUUCUCAAGCCAAAAAAGUAUUUAAAAAUAUAAUAAAACAAAUGCCGUGCGGUUGGCCUGAGCAUGGCAUACCACCUUUGGCUCCCUAUACCAAUCCUAAUUUAGAAGUUCGCAUAACCGAAGCUGUAGUGGACUCUCUAAUACAAUUGCUGCGUUUUAAAUUUGACGGCUUGGAUGGUAUGGAAAUCAAGAAGCUAAAGGUCUCAUUCACCUUUAACAAAAGAGUCAAAUUCCAUUUCCGUUUCAAGCAGCUAACUGCUACUGCUGUCACCAUGAAUACUGAUACUUUCAUCGACUUGCUGCAGCAAUUAGGCUUAUCAGUGCGCUACGAAGGUUCUGGCCCCUUGGAUUUCACUGUGCACAAUUUAUCAAUACAGGGAUCUUUCAAAUAUAAAAUGCCCAUAUUCUUUGGUUCGAUAAAGAUAUACAAUUUCAAUGCUGUAGUAAAUUUGGGCGGCGUCACGUCCGGCAUUGGCGGCAUUUUGGGUAAUGGUGCCCUCAAUGAAUUAAUAAACGAUCAAAUUGAGUUUUUAAUACCAGCUUUUGUAAAUGGUUAUCAAGAGGAAAUAAGUGACACAAUUGAAAAAUUGUUUGUACCGCAAGUUAAUGAAUUGCUGAAGGGUAAAAAACUGUGGAAUGUGCUCGCUAUGUUGGGAAGUUCAAAUAACAAAUGUAAGCCGACUCCAGCCCCAUGGAUCCUAAAGAAUCGACAGACAAUUAUUUACUGAAAAUAUGAAAACUUUAUCAAAUAAUAAAAAAACAUAAUUUAAAAAUUUUAAACAGUUUUCGCUUUUCUUUUUUUACUACUUUGAAACCAUUCCUCUAUACGAGAAGGAAAUUUCA